AUGUCAAAACCGAACAGCGGACCCGCAACAAGUAAUCUCGACCAAUAUAUCGAUAAUGUAACCUACAGCUUAUACUCUGCAGUUCAGGAGAUGAUUCCAGAUACUGACCCCGUAACCGUUUCGAACGUGCAACUAUUUCUCAGCAAUUCUAUGACGCCCACCACUUUCAGCAGUUUUUCUCUUGGAACUUUCUCUGGCCUUGGAACUUCAUUUCAUCGCUCCGCGCCUUGCUCUGUUCGAUAUAAGAGCAUCGAAUCAAGAGUAACCUGCAAAGUGAAUUUCGAGAAUUUGCAGGCUACGCUACCAAAGUUUAAAGAUGACGAAGAUGUCAAAUAUGAUCUUUUAAUAAACGCCUCAGGUCUUCUUAUCCUCUCUUUGCCCAAGGAUCAACGCAACGCAACCGUAAAGUUGAUGACGCUAUCCAGCGUGAACUUUACAAUGCAAGUAACUGGAACUGCAUUAAAGAAGAAUGAACCGACUAGUACGCCAUCAAUGUACAACCUUGAUGAAGAUAACCCAACGAAUUUUAAACAAACAUACCGACUCGUCUUUGAGAAGUUUGUAACAGAUGGCAAAUUUAUAAAGGCACUAGAUGCUGCGCUUGCUAGUGUUCCGAAAGUGAAUUUACGGGUGAUU